GCAUUGUGGGGAAAUUUACACUUUUCCAUUGAACCUACUCUGAAAAUUUGAAAAAGUAUGUGACACAAAUGUGUGAAUUUCGUGAGAAGAUCAAGAUUUGGAAGACUAGUUCUCGUUGCUGGCAAGUCUGUCAUGUCACUUAAAAUAGAAAAGUGUUUUGUUUGAGAGCGUUGUAGGUAAUGGACUACAUUUCCCAACUGGCUUUACCACUGGUGACCUUUGGCCGCCGCACAGUGAAAACAAGCCGAUCAGCUGAUCUGUCCUGGCAACAACAUUCACUAAAAUCUACCGGGAGGGGAAUCAUUUUACAAGCUGGUGGGGAAAACAGUGAUUCAACCACUUUAAUUAUAUCAACCGGCUUUUUAAAAUGUGUUUAUCAAAGAGUUGUUGUCGUGCGUGAUGUAUCAAGGGAUUCAGCAGCUGGUUCGAUGACAAUUGCGGUGUGAUUCUUGCUCAAAAUCAGUGUGUUUUGCUGUUUUGUUCGGUCAGUGUGUUGUUGUGGGGCGAACAUACCUAAAGGACCGUCUGUACAAUCCUAGACUAUUAGUGAUUCAGCAACAGAAGUCAUAUUUCGAAACCAGUAGUCUUUGAAAUUCGAGGAGAUUUUGAAGACACGUAUGUUCAUCUUAGCUAGCUUGAGUAACAAAAGCCCAGUGCUGAAGCUGUUUUCUUAGUGUGUUUUUGUGUUCUUUUUUUGUUUGUUUUUGUUGCAUGCCAAUAAUUACAUUUUGGUGGUUAUUGCUUGUAGUUUCUAAGUUUUUAGACUGCUUGAUCACUUUUGAAUCAGCCAGUAAGCUUGAAAAUCUGACCUAUUGCCAGUGUUAUGCUGAUGUCAACUGAUCUAUUUAUAGUUCAUAUUGAAUAUUUGAUUUGAAGCCAGUGUCUUAAUUUGACACGACAGUUUGAAUUCCAAUGAAAUUCUAGGCAAACGAGUAAGAUCCUCAAUGCAAUAAUCUGUUAUGAUUGUCUUUACUCGUCUCUAUUGUUGAUUGUACAUUUGGGUUGGCCUCUGCUGCUGUUGGUUCAACUUUCUGUAGACGGUCUAUCACAUCCUAACCAGUUAAUAUUGGUCAAGUGAUCAUACUGACAGGCUUUAGACCUUUCAAUUCUAUUGCUCCCGUUCGGUUUGCCACCUCGCUGUUAUAUUAAGACGUGUAAUGAGCGGUCAAGGCUCGUUGGUGGAGAAGGGGAUGAACGGCGUCCUGGUUUGUCAGGAGAGUUACGCCUGCGGUGGUUCCGACAAGGCCGACUUCGAGUGCGACGAAUGCGGCAGCCUGCAGUGCUCCCGCUGCGAGAUGGAGCUCCACCGUCAGGACCGCAUGAGGAACCACGACAGGAUCCGAAUCGCACCCGGCCACGUACCGUACUGCGAUUCUUGCAAAGGGGACGGUGGGGUUCCAGGAAAUGGGGGUCGGCUCAGAGCGGUGGUCCGUUGUCAGGGAUGUAAAACCAAUCUGUGUUUGGACUGUCAAAAACGAACUCAUAGUGGGGUCAGUAAAAAGAAGCAUCCUCUCACUGCUUACCCUCCAUCUAAACCUGCGGAGAAUAACUCCAGCACUGGAGACGAGCAGCUGGAUGCAUUGAAAGCUAAAGUAGAGAAAGUCUGCAGCUUUCUUCUUGUGGAUGAGAAGGAAGACAUGCAGGUGAAUGAUGAGGAGGAAUUUGUGAGGAAAUUAUGCUGCGAUCCAGAUGAGCUUUUGAAGGUGGUGUCCAUUUUCGGCAACACUGGAGAGGGAAAAUCCCACACUCUCAAUCACACUUUCUUCUUGGGUCGUGAAGUAUUCAAGACAUCCCCAACCCAGGAAUCCUGCACUGUUGGGGUAUGGGCAGCACUGGACCCUGUUCAUAAGGUGGUGGUUAUUGACACAGAGGGACUCUUGGGGGCAGGAACCCACCAGGGACAGCGAACCCGUCUUCUCCUGAAGGUGCUUGCUGUGUCCGAUUUGGUCAUCUAUCGGACGCAUGCUGACCGGCUACAUGAUGAUCUUUUUAAGUUUUUAGGUGAUGCAUCUGAUGCAUAUUUAAAGCAUUUUACUAAGGAGCUAAAAGCCACCACUGCCCGCUGCGGUUUGGAUGUGCCCCUUUCGACUCUGGGUCCUGCUGUUAUAAUCUUCCAUGAGACAGUCCACACCAAGUUAUUAGGGUCAGAUAAACCAUUAGAAUCAGCUGAGCGGCUUCUUCAGGAGCGUUUCAGAAAGCUUGGCCUCUUUCCUGAAGCUUUCAGCUCUAUUCAGUACCGGGGGACUCGUACCCACAACCCUCCCACUGACUUCAGCGGUCUGCUGCGUAGCAUUGAGCAGCAAUUAGACAACAACACUACACGAUCUCCACGAUCUGCCGGUGUCAUCUAUAAAGCCUUGCAAGCUUUGAGUGAAUGCUUCAGUGGAGAGAUUCCUGAUGAGCAGCUGGCAAGCAACUCUUUCUUCCCAGAUGAGUAUUUUACCUGCUCCAGCAUCUGCCUCAGUUGUGGCUCAGGCUGCAAAAACAGCAUGAAUCAUCUACGGGAGGAUGUUGUUCAUGAGGCAAAACAUCGCUGCCGGUACUCCGCCCACUAUGAUAAUCGCAUCUACACCUGCAAGGCAUGUUAUGAGAGUGGCAAGGAGGUGAUUGUGGUUCCUAAGACGACGGCAUCCUCUGACUCACCUUGGUUUGGAUUGGCAAUAUAUGCCUGGUCUGGAUAUGUGAUUGAAUGUCCAAACUGCUCAGUGAUCUAUAGGAGUAGGCAAUAUUGGUAUGGGAACCAGGACCCUGUUGAUACAGUAGUCCGGACUGAGAUCCAGCACGUCUGGCCAGGGUCUGAUGGAUUCCUGAAGGACAACAACAACGCUGCUCAGAGGCUGCUGGAUGGUGUGAACUUUAUGGCUCAGUCUGUCUCAGAGCUAAGUGUCAAGCCUGCCAAAGCAGUCACUGCCUGGUUAACAGACCAGAUUGCCCCUGCUUACUGGAAGCCCAAUUCUCUCAUCCUUAAAUGUUAUAAAUGUGGAGAGGGAUUCCAGGAUAAUGAUACAAAGCACCACUGUCGAGCCUGUGGAGAAGGUUUCUGCGAUGGUUGCUCUUCUAAGACACGACCAGUCCCUGAGAGAGGUUGGGGCCUAGCACCAGUUCGAGUCUGCGAUGCCUGCUUUCAAAAUAGAGGGAUUCCUGAAGAACUGCUGGAUGCAGCUCUGGAAGAGGAGGAAGGUGGCACUCUGAUUGCCAGGAAGGUGGGAGAAGCUGUUCAGAACACAUUAGGAGUGGUGGCCACUGCCAUAGACAUCCCUCUUGGCUUAGUAAAAGAUGCAGCUCGACCAGCGUAUUGGGUCCCUGACCAAAACAUCCAUUGCUGCAACCAGUGCCAGCGUGAGUUUAACGCCCGUCUUUCUAUUCAUCACUGCCGUGCAUGUGGACAAGGUAUAUGUAAUGACUGCUCCCCUGAUCGUCGGGCCGUGCCCUCCAGGGGUUGGGACCAUCCUGUGCGGGUGUGCAUCACCUGCAACCAGAAAUCUGGAGACCUCUAGCAGAACUGAUGUCACUCCACAUUAUAAGACACCCCAUAUGUGGCCACAGUGUUUCCGUCUAUAGGUUGGGAGUGAAGCACUGUCUAUUCACAUACGUGCUCCUCAGCUCUACAUAAGCUGUUCACAGUUUAAGAAAUGUAAUGGCCUAAGUUUUUUUUCUUUUUAAAAGAUUCUUUGAAAUGUAUU